AACCAGCGUGUAAUUGAUGUUAUCCCAAGAAAGCGCGAUCUCCACCCCUCUCAGCUCCAAGCCCUUCAGGUAAAAGGAAAAAAAAAAAAAUCUUUCAAGAAUUUGUUGCCUUUUUGAGGGUUAAAACAUCAGAAGACAAGCUUGUCUCGCCUUGGCCAAUCAGCUCUCGGCCCUGGCAGCUAUAAUAUAGAACUAAAGGCAGACUCCUCUCACAAGCGUCUUGCUUUGCUACCAUUAAAAUCAGACCCUUUUUUUGUCUCUCGAUUGCUGUCUCCCGACCAAACUCCGAUGUGUUCCGUUAUCAGCGACCUAAAGCCUGCCAUUCCAGCACCUGUCUUGCUAGGGAUCGGUGGAUAGUAUACGAUUCAGAAAGCAGACAAGGACAUAGGAGGAGAGAGAGCUCUAGAGAGACAGCCAGGGAUAGGCACAGAGAGCUUUGAAGUAAUUGGAUUCAAUGGACGAAAUGCUGCUGUUGACAAGAAUUCUCUUGGUGGGCUUCAUCUGCGCUCUUUUAGUCUCCUCUGGGCUGACUUGUGGACCAGGCAGGGGCAUUGGAAAAAGGAGACACCCCAAAAAGCUGACCCCUUUAGCCUAUAAGCAGUUUAUUCCCAAUGUGGCAGAGAAGACCCUAGGGGCCAGUGGAAGAUAUGAAGGGAAGAUCACAAGAAACUCCGAGAGAUUUAAAGAACUAACCCCAAAUUACAACCCUGACAUUAUUUUUAAGGAUGAAGAGAACACGGGAGCUGACAGACUGAUGACUCAGGUAGAGCCACAGAGAUACCUGUAUUUGUGUUUGUUAACCUCUCUGAGCAAUCCUAAAGGACGCAUCUGUCUUAGUAUUUUUGAAACCGGGAGCUGGUGCUGGCAGGGCCGGAGCAGCGAGAGCCCCUGGGCAAUGCCCGCCCCGCUGCCCGCACCCCUGCCCGCACCCCUGCUCGCCUUAUCAGCAGCUGAGACCUGUGAUCCUUCGCCCCCUUCCCCCCGUAAAUCGCUGGAUCCAUCCUCUCAGGUGGGCGAGGGAGAGAGGGAGGAAAACCAAAUCAAACUCAACUUCCUUGUGCUGCUGCGCUUUGCUGCCGGGAACGGUGCCGAAACCCAAACACCCGGCUCUUUCCAUAAAACGAAACUUCGCUCUCGGGAAGGGGACAGGGCACUUAGCGGCAGGAAUUCGCUCCGUGCAGGCGGCUGUGAGCCGGCCGCGCUCAGCCCAGCGCCGGCGGGGGGCGGGGGCCGCUGCCCCUGCGGCAGCCGCCUGCCCGCCGAGGCCGGCUUCGACUGGGUCUACUACGAGUCCAAGGCGCACAUCCACUGCUCCGUCAAAGCAGAAAACUCGGUGGCAGCCAAAUCAGGGGGCUGCUUCCCUGGCUCGGCCACGGUGCACCUGGAGCAAGGCGGCACCAAGCUGGUGAAGGACCUGAGCCCUGGGGACCGGGUGCUGGCAGCCGACGCGGAGGGCCGGCUGCUCUACAGCGACUUCCUCGCCUUCCUUGACCGGGAGGAUGGCUCCCACAAGCUCUUCUAUGUCAUCGAGACACGGCAGCCCCGGGCCCGGCUGUUGCUGACGGCCGCCCACCUCCUCUUUGUGGCCCCCCAACACAACCAGUCGCAGGAGGGGACCCCCAGCAGCCGGGCACUCUUCGCCAGCCGCGUACGGCCAGGCCAACGGGUCUACGUGUUAGGCGAGGGUGGGCGGCAGCUCCUGCCAGCAUCCGUCCACAGCGUCUCACUGCGGGAGGAGGCUUCGGGGGCGUACGCCCCACUCACCGCCCAGGGCACCAUCCUCAUCAACCGGGUGCUGGCCUCCUGCUACGCUGUCAUCGAGGAGCACAGCUGGGCGCACUGGGCGUUCGCCCCCUUCCGCCUGCUCCAGGGGAUGCUGGCUGCUCUCUGCCCCUCCGGCGGGGGGGCCCUGGUGGGUGCCCCCGCCGCCCCCGGUAUCCACUGGUACUCUCGCCUCCUCUACCGCAUCGGCAGGUGGGUGCUGGGAAACGAAUCCAUCACAUCCGCGCGUAACCUGGAAUCUCUUGUACUAACAGUAGAACCUCACUUAUUCGCACGAGUGGCCGGGAGAUGUGGUUUCCCUUCGCCGGAGCCCCGGCUCCUCGUCCACGCUCAGGCGAUGCUCCCCUCUUCCAGCGCCCGCCCUGGCUCCGUGUCCAUCUCCUGGUCUGGUCUGGAGACUGCAGAUGGCUCUUAA